CUCCCCAGCCCCUUCACAGCGCCGGACGCCCUUUCUCCCAGGCUCCCAGCCCUUCUUCCAAGUUCCUGCCAGCGUUCGUCUUCUUCUCUUUUUCCGAGUCCAGCAGCCUCUCUCUCCAGCCUCCAUGGCGAUCCCUCGCCGCCGGGCCAUCUCUUUCCUCCCGCUCCUCCUCCUCCCGCUCCUCCUCGUCCUCUCCGUCGCCACCGACGAGGACGACGUCCGCUGCCUCCGGGGAGUGCAGCAGGCCUUGUCGGCUCCCGACGGCGGGCUCAACUGGAACUUCUCCAACAAGACGGUGGGCUUCGUGUGCAACUUCGUCGGCGUCUCGUGCUGGAAUCCGCAGGAGAAUCGCGUCAUCGCGCUCAGCCUCCCAUCCAUGUCCCUCUCCGGCACCAUCCCCUCCGCUCUUCAGUACUGCCGCGCCGCCACCACCCUCGACCUCUCCUCCAACUCCCUCUCCGGUCUCAUCCCCUCCGACCUCUGCGACUGGCUCCCCUUCCUCGUCACCCUCGACCUCUCCUCCAACUCCCUCUCCGGCCCCGUCCCUCCCGAACUAUCCAAGUGCCGGUUCCUCAACGCCCUCCUCCUCUCCUCCAAUUCCUUCUCCGGCCCCAUCCCCGCGUCUCUCUCCCAGCUCAACCGCCUCAAGAAGCUCGAUCUCUCCAGCAACCAGCUCUCCGGCCCCAUCCCCAACCAGCUCUCCUCCUUCGAUUCCUCCUCCUUCGCCAACAACCCCUCCCUCUGCGGCCACCCCGUCUCAUCCGGCUGCGGCCGCCGCCUCACCCGCACGAGCCUCAUCAUAAUCAUCGCCGCCGGCGUCUUCGGCGCCGCCGUCUCCUUGAUCCUCGCCUUUGCCAUCUGGCGCUGGUGCUUCUCCGGCACGCCCUCCUCGAGGAGGAAAAAGAGUGACGGUCGUGAUGCGGAGAGGCUUGAUGGGAGCCGGUGGUGGGCGGAGCGGCUGCGGAGCUCGCACAACCGGCUGGUGCCGGUCUCGCUGUUCCAGAAGCCGAUCGUGAAGGUCAAGCUGGCGGAUCUGAUGGCGGCGACGGCGGAUUUCCACCCGGAUCACAUCGUCACCGCUGGGAGCGGCCGGACGGGGACCUCUUACGAAGCGGUGCUCCCCGACGGCUCGGCGCUGACGGUGAAGCGGCUCCAUGGCUGUAUCCUGCCGGAGAAGCUGUUCCGGGUGGAGAUGGGCCGGAUCGGACAGCUCCGGCACCCCAAUCUGGUGCCCCUUCUUGGAUUCUGCGUUGUGGAGGACGAAAGGCUUCUUGUCUACAAGCACAUGUCUAACGGUGCCUUGUCGGUGGCUCUCCGGUCGGCCGGCGAGGAGAUCGACUGGCCGGCGAGGCUCAGGAUCGGGGUCGGAGCUGCCCGGGGUCUUGCCUGGCUUCAUCAUGGAUUCCAGGUCCCCUUCCUCCACCAGAGCAUGAGCUCCAGUGCUGUGCUUCUUGAUGAGGAUUAUGAGGCCAGGAUCACCGAUUUUGGGUUGACGAGGCUUGUCAGGCCGUCAUCCGGCGACGGCCACAACACGAGCCCCUUCAUGAAUGGGGAUUUCGGGGAGUUCGGGUAUGCGGCGCCGGAGUAUUCCACCAAUCCUCUGGCCACCACCAAGGGGGAUGUGUAUGGGUUUGGGCUUGUUCUACUGGAGCUCGCCACUGGGCAGAGGCCGACGGAGAUCACCAGCAAUGCGGCCGGGGAAGGGUUCAAGGGGAGCUUGGUGGAUUGGGUUAAUCAGCUCGCUGCUGCCGGUCGAAUUGCCGAUGCCAUCGAUAAAUCAAUCCGCGGGAGGGGACAUGACGGUGAGAUCGUGCAGUUCUUGAAGGUUGCUCUCGGGUGCGUCGUUGCCCAGCCCAACGAGAGGUCUUCCAUGUAUCAGGUGUACCAGUCUCUGAAGGCCAUCGGAGAGGACCAUGAUCUCUCGGAGCAGUUUGACGAAUUCCCUCUUGUUUAUGGCAAGGACGAUCCGGAUACUAUGUAGUUGCUGCUGCUGCUGCUGGUGUGUAUUCACGUCCCUCUUCUGUUUCCUGGAAGCCAUGAAAAUGGUAUCAUUACGAUUAACGAAUGGAUGGUAGGCUCUGUCUUGCUGUUGUUUAAAAGUCCUUAUAUAACUUUAAUCCAUAUGUACUAUUGCUGUUGUAUGAUCAUAUGCUACAACGCCCUUUAGCUUUCUCGAU